CACUAAUCACGAGUCAGUCUUUGUGGAUGUAGUUUUUGCAGGGGCUUUUUCCCAUCGGUUUUAUUUUUUAUUUUUAUUUAGUUUUGUUGCCUUUUACUUUCCCUUCGCUUGACCCGUGAUAAAUGCUGACAGUGUGAACGGCUGCUUGGCAACCUUACUGGAAAGACAGAAUGAAAGGAGACUGAGAACGACGCGUGUCACACUGCUUUCUUCAGAAAACUUACUCCCUUACUUCUCUUUAUGGCGUUUCAAAAUGACAGACUCUAACUUGAGGAACGAAAGCAACCAUGGGCUGUUUUUCACUUCUUUUAAUGGAUCUGUUUUGGACCAGAUGUUACCAAAUGACAGCAUCACCACAUGCAGGAACUUCACAAUGGACUCACAGGUUGUCGGUGUUGGGAUCUUUCUCUCCGUUUUUAUUUUGGUGGCAAUUGUUGGGAAUAUUUUGGUUAUCCUGUCUGUGGUGUGCAACAAACAGUUACAGACCGUCACAAACUUCUUCAUUGUCAACUUAGCCAUAGCAGACCUCCUGUUGGGCAUUAUUGUGCUGCCCUUCUCUGCAUCUCUAGAGGUGCUGGGAUGCUGGGUGUUUGGCCGGGUUUUCUGUAACAUCUGGGCAGCGGUGGAUGUGCUCUGCUGCACGGCAUCAAUCCUCAGCCUCUGUAUGAUCUCCAUCGACCGUUACAUCGGCGUGAAAUACUGCCUUAAAUACCCAAGUAUUAUGACUGAGAGAAAGGCAGUCGCUAUUUUAGUCCUAGUGUGGGUAUCAUCUGUUGUGAUCUCGGUCGGUCCGCUCCUGGGAUGGAAGGAACCGCCGCCUGUGGACGAAAGCAUCUGCAGGAUCACAGAGGAGCCGGGAUACGCGCUCUUCUCCUCGCUUUUCUCUUUCUACCUCCCGCUUAUGGUAAUUCUCAUCAUGUAUUUUAGGGUGUACGUGGUGGCCCGCAGGACUACUCGGAGCCUGGAAGCGGGAGUCAAACGGGAGAGAAAUAAGUCGAUGGAAGUGGUCCUGCGGAUACACUGUCGCAGCGUGCUGGAGGACGCGCGUCCGGCGAGCUCAAAAAGCAGCAAAAACCACCCGUUUCGAAGUUCGCUCUCCGUGCGGCUGAUGAAGUUCUCCAGGGAGAAAAAGGCUGCGAAAACCCUGGCCAUAGUGGUGGGGAUGUUCAUCCUCUGCUGGCUGCCCUUUUUCUUCUUUCUGCCAAUGGGUUCCUUCUUCCCAGCACUAAAACCCUCUGAAACUGUGUUCAAGGUGAUCUUUUGGUUGGGAUACUUCAACAGCUGCAUCAACCCCAUGAUCUACCCCUGCUCCAGUAAAGAGUUCCAGCGGGCUUUCACUAGGCUCCUCAAGUGCCAGUGUCACCAGAAACGUAGGGUCCUUCGCCGCUUCUAUGACCAGAGGUGGCGGACUGCUGUCAAGGGAAUGACAAGGGAUCAGAGAGGCGAUUAUAAGCCUGGCUACCCCAUGCACGAAUUCUGCGGCAGCUCUUUGCUGCACACGAGAAAAGGACAUGCACUAGGUUUCAAGAGAUGGAGUCUGUUUCCACCACUGCGAAAGUCCUCCUUCCAGCUCAAAGAGAAAGUAAAUAAUCUGUCAAAUAAAAUUAAGGGAGGGACAGGAAAAUGCACCACACCUGCUGUUGGUCGAAUUGAAACGGUGGACACGGUGUCUAUGGGGAUUUACAACUCUUGUGAGCAGAGUAGCUAUCAGUUUUAUGAUCUGGCAGAAUGCUAUGGCCUGAAAGAGACUGACAUUUAGACGGUCACCAGAGAGGCUUUUAUUUAUUUUCAAAGGGCCAUAUUGGACCAACAUGUAAGAAAGACCGUGAUAAGGCAUAAUUUUGUGUUCACAUAAUAUCAAAGAAUCAAGGCACGAUGAAAGCUGAGAAUAAUGGGUUGAUCCUUGCACAAACAGGCAAAAAAAAGAAACCCUUAUCCCAAUCCCUUGGGUCCCACCAUGUUUAUUUGGAUGAAACUUCUAGUGAACUGCUCAAUGCCACAUUUGGGACAUGGGUGUGAAAUAAGCAGUAAGUUUGGACUUAAUGCUUUUUCGCUUGAAGGCACUGGAUGUGAAGAUUUCAUAGCCUACAGCUGACAGCUGGCAAUUUUUAAGAAUGUAAUAUUUUGGGAAAGACAGUUAACAUAAGGCUGGAUAAUUAGUAUUGUUGUAUGUUUUUCUUACAGUUUUGUAUCAGGCAGUUUUGAUGUCUUUAAAUGUUAGCCAGCUCACACUGUGUGAUAAAGACUGAGAGUAAAUGGUUAUCGUUUUGUUUGGCAUGUUUUGUGAUUUAACAAAAGACAAAGAAGCAAAAGAACAAAUACCUGUACCGAAACAAAGUUUUCAAUCUCCGCGAAAGUAAAAUCACAAGUGCAUUUUUGUAUUGGUGCCACAAUUUAAUCAAAUGUAAAAUUUCAUAAUGAAUUAUGAUCAUUAAUCUGCGCCUCUGUUUCUUUUUUGACAAGUCAUUGUAAAGACGAGUGGCCAAAAUUGCCAAGUGAACAGUAAUGUCAAGUUAUGUUGUUUUUUUAAUGCUUAUCAGAUGAAAGGCAAAAAAUGUAGGAAAGGAAAAAAAUG